AUGGAUGUAGCUACGAGCUACGGAAAAGGGGCGCUUCAACCGCGAUUGAAGGAAUUUAUGGGAUCACAAGUGUCCUCUGAUGAGAUGAGUGUGCGUGCAGGCCAGGGCAGUGACGAGGUGCUGGUUUCACAGGCAGUGUGGGAUUACCUGGCUGCAGCGGGGCGCCCCUGGCUCAUUGACUUCCAGCACAAGCAGGGGAUGAGAGCUGGUAUCAUUAGGCGAGGGGAGAGGGGGGGCUGCUGUGCCGUGAGGCUGCAGCCUGUAGAAGGCUUCAGAAGCUCUGGUGCUGGGGUGAUGGAUGAACCCAUCUCCAGCGAGACGCGAAAAGCUUUCAUUGACUUAUGCCGCUGUGCCCGAAAAGAAAUGAGCAAACUGGAGGGGGGACCCAAGAGAAAAAGGACUCUGCUGCCCUGUGUUGGAGUUCUGGAGCCAAAUGGUGGAGAGGGAAGCCUAAUGCCUCCUCCUUUGCCUCAGCCGCGCCGCUCCCAGAGGCAGCAGCAGCGCUUCAGGAAGCCUGCAGAUGAAGAGGCUUGUGCCAUGUUUCACGAGUUAUCUCACAGAAAGGACAUGGACCCUAAUAUGUCCUCUCACAGUGAGGUUGAUGACAACAGCACCUGCUCUAUUUGCAUGGGGGACAUUGUGGAAAGGACCAUGCUGGAUAGGUGUGGCCACGCUUUUUGCCGCACCUGCCUGGACCAGGCCUUUAAAGUCAAGAAAGCUUGUCCUGUUUGUCGACUGGUAUAUGGACAGUUAAUCGGUAACCAACCAGCAAAUGGUACAAUGAUUGUAGAGAGAGACCCUGAUAUUGAGCUUUCUGGACAUGAAGGAUAUGGAUGUAUCUGCAUCAUCUACAGCUUCCCUCCUGGACUACAGGCACCUGAGCACCCGAACCCAGGUGUGCGUUAUCCGGGGACAGACCGUGUGGCCUACCUCCCUGACAGCCCUGAAGGGAACCGUGUGCUGGGGCUGCUGCGGCGAGCCUUUGAACAGCGCCUUAUCUUCACCAUCGGUACCUCCAUGACCACGGGCAUGCAAAAUGUCAUCACGUGGAACGACAUUCACCACAAGACCUCAAUAUGGGGUGGCCCUCGUUGUUUUGGCUACCCGGACCCCACUUACCUGGUGCGAGUGACAGAGGAGCUCAGAGAGAAGGGCAUCACAGUGGACUGA